AACACUUGGCGACGAGGGUGGGACUUUGAAGAGUUGCACAGCGUCAAGGAAGGCAAGUGUUCUCGGCAUUCAGCCUCUGUUCAGUAUCGACGAUUGAAGAGUGCUGCAUUUUAUUCGCUGACUGAUAUCAUGAACGAAGAAGCCAGUGCAGGUUCGACGCAGUUUGCUGCUCAACUGGGCCAGAUGGAACCAUUCGACGUUUCCACGAAUGACUGGGCGUCGUACGAAGAGCGGCUAACGUCGUUUCUAAUCGUCAACCGUGUUCCCGAAGGUGACAGAGUACAUGCAUUUCUGAGCAUCAUCGGUCCCAGAACCUACAGUCUUCUGAAAUCGCUGGUCGCCCCGGAGCUGCCUUCAACGAAGAGCUUCGAGGUACUGAAGAAGACCCUGGGGGACCAUCUGUCGCCGAAACCUUCGGUCAUAGGCGAGCGAGCGAAGUUCCACAGGAGACAGCAAGUCGAAGGCGAGUCCAUUUCUGAUUACGUUGCCGAGCUACGGAAGCUAGCACGAACCUGUGAUUUUGGAAGCUCGUUAGACGAAUCCCUCCGGGAUCGCUUCGUAUGCGGUUUGUUAAGAGAGGAUAUGCAGCGAGUGUUGUUCACUGAGGACAGCAAACUCACGUUUCAGAGAGCAGUAGAGCGCGCUCUGGCUAUGGAGGCGGCAACUAAAAGCACGGCUGAAGCCCGCACGGGUGUGCCUGCAGCCAACGCCAUACAUAAAGUAGAGGCGGCUUCGAGUGUCCAGUCGCAGGCAUGUUUUCGCUGCGGGUCGCCGAAACAUUUCGGCAAAGCGUGUCCCCACUUAAACGACAAAUGCUAUAAGUGCAACAAAAGGGGGCACCUUCAACGAGUCUGCCGUAGCGCCUCCGGCACGGCGCGGGGGAAACGCCCCAUCAAGAGCCCCGUAAAAACAUUAGCGGUGGUAUCCCACUCAGAAGUGGUAGCCGUAAAGGGUGUAUCUGCUCCCAGUAUUGAGCCUAUCAUGGUACCGAUGAAAGUAAAUGAUGUGGCAGUGUCUAUGGAGCUAGACACAGGUGCCGCCGUCACAGUCAUGCCUUUCAAACAAUACCGCCAAUUUUUUUCAUCAACCAGACUCGAGCCUACAGAAGUCAAGUUGCGCACCUACACAGGAGCCCUGGUGAUACCAAAAGGCGUCCUACAGGUCAAGGUGCAGCACGGCGGCAACGAGGCGCGCCUGCCUUUAUACGUCGUCGACCAGGAGGGACCGGCAUUGCUAGGUCGGGAAUGGCUUCAGGCAAUUAGGCUGGAGUGGAGCAAAAUCUGGAACGUCCACCAUCUGCCAAGGUCUGAGCUGCCCAUUUCUUGUCGUUUAGAAGAAAGGCUACACGCUUUGAUCAGAAAGUACGACUCUCUUUUUAAAGAUGAGCUAGGCAUGAUUACCGAAGAAAAGGCCGAGCUGCAUUUCAAGCCCAAUCAGGCACCGAAGUUUCUCAAAGCAAGAAACGUGCCGUUCGCGCUGCAAAAGGCGGUCGAGGCUGAGCUUUCCAAGAUGGAAAAAAUGGGCAUCAUAACAGCCGUUGCGACAUCAGAUUACGCUACGCCAGUGGUACCUGUUAUCAAGAAAGACGGUGGCAUACGCCUCUGUGGCGAUUAUAAGGUGACAGUGAAUCCGUGCCUUGACGUCACCCGUUAUCCGCUACCGAAGGUCGAUGACUUGUUCGCGGCUCUGUCCGGAGGCACACAUUUUUCAAAGAUCGACCUGAACCGCGCUUACCAGCAAGUGGUGAUGUCCGAUGCCUCAAAGCAAUUCCUAACCUUGAAUACGCACAAGGGAUUGUUCGUUGUCAACAGAUUACCUUUUGGAAUCUCUUCCGCGCCGGGAAUUUUCCAAAGGAUAAUGGACACUAUGUUGAAGGGCCUCAAGGGUGUUUGCUGCUACCUAGAUGAUAUUCUGGUGACGGGGAAAACAACAGAGGACCACUUAGCCAAUCUCGAAGCGCUGCUAGAGCGUCUUCAAAACCGAGGCGUCAGAGCUUCUGCAGAAAAAGGUAGCGUGGCACUGGGAUGA